AGGCGCGAUUGAGGAGAGAAAACAUUUCUAAUCUUGUUCACUUCAUUCUGUUUUAUUGUAAUUCGUUAAUCAUUUUAGUUUAUUCCCAUUCUUAAUUAUAGUUAAUUUCUAUCUGUUUACAUCAUGGGUAUUACAGGUUUAAGCAAGCUUAUCGCUGACAUAUGUCCACAAGCUAUAAAAGAAAGUGAAAUGAAAUCAUAUUUUGGUCGUACUGUUGCCAUCGAUGCCAGUAUGUCAAUCUACCAAUUUAUGAUUGCUAUCAGAAAUCGUGACCAAAUGAUGAGCAAUGAUGAAGGUAACACAACUUCACAUCUUGUUGGAUUAUUUUAUAGAACAAUAAAGCUUAUGGCGGACGGUAUUAAGCCAGUGUAUGUCUUCGAUGGUAAAGCUCCAGUUAUGAAAUCUGGUGAACUCGCUAAGAGAAGUGAAAAACGGGCUGAAGCUGAAGCUAAACUUAAAGAAGCAAAAGAGGCUGAAAAUGUUGAGGAGAUUGGUAAAUUCAGUAAAAGACUCGUGCGAGUAACUCGCCAGCACAACGAAGAGUGUAAAAAACUUUUACAACUUCUUGGUAUCCCAAUAAUUUGCGCUCCAAGUGAAGCAGAAGCGCAGUGUGCCCAGUUAGCUAAAGAAGGACUUGUUUAUGGUGUUGCCACUGAAGACAUGGAUGGACUAACAUUUGGAUCCCCUAGACUUAUUCGUCAUCUUAGCUCAGGAAACACAGAUAAAUGUAAAGAAUUCAUUUUGGAACGAGUUUUGGAAGGUUUAAACAUAACAUAUGACCAAUUCGUUGAUUUAUGUAUUCUCAUGGGUUGUGAUUACUGUGAUAGUAUUAAAGGUAUUGGAGGUAAAAAAGGCCUCGAUCUCAUCAAAGAACAUGGUUCGAUCGAAGGAAUUUUAAAAAAUAGAUUCAAGAUUACCGAGUUUAUCGACCCAGAAAUCGAAUAUAAAGAAAAGUUGCGCGAUUUAGAAGCAAAAAAAGAGGAAAAUAGCGAAAAUGACGGAGAAAAUGCAAAUUCCAAUGAAAAGGUAAAAGAAGAAAAGGACGAAGAAGAUAUUAAAAAAGAAAUAAAAAGUGAAGAAGGUGAAAACGACGGAGAAAAUGGUGAAAAUGGUAAAAAUGAAGAAAAUGGAGAGAAAAAGCAAGAUGAACUUGAAGUUGAAGUCAAGCAAGAAGAAGCUGACAGCUUUGUUGGCGAUGAAGAUGUUUCAGAUGAAGAAAAAGAAAAAGAAUUAAAUGGAAGCGGCGAUGAAAGCAAAUCUAACACAAAGGUUUCAAAACCAAAAAAGAAUAAAGAAAAGGGAAGUCGUGAGUCAGUACCUGAAGAUUGGCUAUUCAAAGGAGCUAGAAAACUAUUUUUGCAACCAAAUGUUUUAGCGAAUCAAUUUACGGAAAAAGACCUCAAAUUCAAAGAAAUCGAUGAGGAAGGUUUGAUAGAGUUUCUCUGUCGAGAGAAUGGCUUCAGUGAAGAGAGAGUCAAAUCUGGAAUCAGGAGAGUUAAAGAAUCCAAAGGAAAAAGCUCUCAGACCAGAAUCGACUCUUUCUUCAAAGUACUUCCUGGAAAAUCUCCUGUUAAAAAAGAGGACCCAGGGAAGAACUCAGGAAAAAGAUCGGCACCUGCUGGUAAAAAUACUUCCAACAAACGUGGUCGAAAACCUAAAUAAUUGUUUAAUAUUCAACAUGUCCCUUUGAUCUUUCAUAGUUGAAGUUAUUGAAACUUUUUCAAUCAAUCAUUAAUCUUUAUUUUGUUUGGAAAAAGUUAACUCUUUAAAAAAUAAUUUGAUAUUUGAUUAUUCCAAUCAGAAUUACCUUUUCAUUAUAACAUUUUUUGAUUUUUCAUUGUGUAAAUAAACACCUUAACGAUAAAUCUUUUAAAUCUAAAGAUAUUUUAUGAAAUAAAUAAGUUCAUUCUUU